GCUCUAAACAACUGGCAGUUUCUCCCCAAACCCGAGCUCGCGGACACGAAGACCAAGAAGAAGUUACGCCUGGGCAUUCCCACAGGUCCCAAGAAGAGCGCCGACACCUUCGAAACGGAAGAGUGCGAGCCACCAGUCUAUAGCUGGGCACGUGGCGGCAUGUUUGUGUACAAAGGCACCAAGGAAAGCUUAAACAAUGAAGUCCUCACCAUUGACGUCUUGAAGGAGGGUGAGGGCGGCUUUCAGCCCCAAGGGAAGGCUCUGGUAGGGCUUAGAGGUGCCAUGGAUUAUCCCAUCGCAGUGGGCGUGGUCAAGACCCUCACGACCAAGACGUUAGAGUACGUGCAGGGCCGCGCCGGAGGGUCCAUCUCCAUGGCCAUGCGAUCCAUUGCAUUGAAGCCUGGGCAAAACGAUGAGGACUCAUCCAUCCCCAGACCUUUGCAAGACCUGAACUCGCUGACCAUGUACUACUUGCAAGCCAAUCAGCAGCACCUGGUGGUGAUUGCCAAUAGUGCAGAUGGGUUGCCAGUUGCGGAUCCGGACUAUGGAUCCUCCAAUCCGUUCGUCCGCGUGAAAUACGACGGCACCGUGGAGCAGUCUCCCGUGAUCAUGGCCUCAUUGACGCCAAUUUGGAAUCAUAUGUUCUACCUCCCCGUUCGCUUCACAGACCCGGUGAUCUACAAAGAUCAGGCGUACAAGAAGAACAUUUUCCCAGAAGAGAUGAGAUCCAAAGGUUUCCUGGAGCUCGAGAUUUGGCAUUGGGAUGGAGUGCCCACAGAGUUUCUGGGCUCCUUCAGACUGGACCUCGUGAAGACUCGCUAUGGUCAACCCGUGGAGCGAGCCAUUUGUGGCAACGCAACGAAGACCAAGAAAGUGGCCAACUCCAAUGAGGACGAUGCAGAUCUAGACAAGGAAGACACAGGGGAUGACACCAUUGGCAUUGACCCUGCCCUGUCGAAGUAUCACACAACCUAUUUGUACGAAGGAAAACGCGAGAAGAUUGCAGGCUCCUCAUUGUCCACGAUGGCAACUCCCACCAUCAGCUUUGAGUGCUACUUCUUGCCUGAUUUCAAGCCAGAUUUUAAGUUCCCCGAGCAAGAUGACAAGGAGAUCGCCAGUGCUGCAGCCUUUGCCUGGGCCUAUCAAGUGUGGUUCCCGGACUCCCCCGCCAAACGACGUUGGAUUUGCAGCUACACAGACAAGUGGGGACGCCUCAGUAGUGGGAAGAGCGGCAAAACCUUGCCUUUGCCGCGGCUGGUGACGCCUUUGGCUUUACCUGCUGAGCUGGCGCCGAAGGGCCCAUAA